AUGUCUGCCACUCAGUUACUCAAUCCAAAGGCGGAGUCCAGACGGAGAGGGGAGGCUUUGAAGGUCAACAUCAGCGCUGGUGAGGGUCUUCAAGAUGUCCUGAAGUCAAAUCUUGGCCCAGCCGGGACGAUUAAGAUGCUUGUUGACGGUGCUGGAGGGAUCAAGCUUACCAAAGAUGGAAACGUGCUAUUGAGAGAAAUGCAAAUCCAAAAUCCCACGGCUGUUAUGAUUGCGCGAGCUGCCACUGCACAGGAUGACAUUACAGGAGAUGGAACAACGUCUGUCGUUCUUUUGGUCGGAGAGCUCCUCAAGCAGGCCGAUAGACAGAUUGCCGAGGGUCUACACCCGCGAGUUCUUACAGAUGGAUUUGAGCUUGCGAAGAACGAGACUCUGAAAUUUCUGGACAGCUUCAAAAUCGACCGUGAGAUUGACCGCGAGCUUCUCAUAUCCGUUGCUCGAACAUCCCUAUCCACCAAACUUAACAAUGCUCUUGCCGAGAGCCUCACCCCCGCCGUCGUCGACGCCGUUCUCGCUAUCUACAAGGCUCCAGCCAAACCAGACCUCCAUAUGAUUGAGAUCAUGAAGAUGCAACACCGAUCAGCAUCUGAUACUCAGUUGAUCAGGGGCUUGGCGUUGGACCACGGCGCCCGCCACCCAGACAUGCCCAAGAGAGUGGAGAAUGCUUUUAUCCUUACCCUCAACGUCAGUUUGGAAUAUGAGAAAUCCGAGAUCAACUCCGGUUUUUACUAUUCGAGUGCGGAGCAGAGGGAUAAACUGGUGGAGAGUGAACGUCGAUUUGUUGAUGCCAAGCUUCAGAAGAUCGUGGAAUUGAAGAAGCAAGUGUGCGGAAACGACCCCAAGAAGGGAUUUGUCAUCAUUAAUCAGAAGGGCAUCGAUCCCCUCAGCUUGGAUGUUCUUGUGAAGAACGGAAUUAUGGCACUUCGACGUGCUAAGCGACGUAACAUGGAGCGUCUGCAGCUUGUCUGUGGCGGUAUUGCCCAGAACAGCGUGGAUGACCUCACACCAGAUGUUCUUGGUUGGGCUGGCCUGGUCUAUGAGCACCAACUCGGAGAGGAGAAAUACACUUUCAUCGAGGAUGUGAAGGAUCCCAAGUCUGUGACUCUUCUCAUCAAGGGACCGAACCAGCACACCAUUGCUCAGCUUACAGAUGCGGUCCGAGACGGAUUACGAUCAGUCUACAACACAAUAGUUGACAAAAGCGUGGUACCUGGAGCUGGAUCUUUCCAGGUUGCAGCCGCUGCUCAUUUACUUUCAGAAGAGUUCAGCAAGACUGUUAAAGGAAAGGCUCAAUAUGGCAUCAGAGCUUUUGCAGAUGCUUUACUUGUCAUUCCCAAGACCCUUGCUGCCAACUCUGGCCACGACAUCCAAGACUCUCUUGCCAAACUCAUCGAUGAACAGCGUCAAGGGCACGUUGUCGGCUUGGAUCUCUCAUCUGGAGAAGCCAUGGACCCUGUUCAGGAAGGUGUAUUCGACUCUUACCGUGUGCUACGUAACUGCAUUGCCUCCAGCACAGGAAUUGCUUCCAAUCUUUUGCUGUGUGACGAGCUAUUGAAAGCUAGACAAAUGGGCAGGCAAGGUGGACCUGGACCUGGCAUGGACGACUAA